AUGCGAGUAAAAGAUCGAGUGAUGGACGAGUUAAAUUUGAAGCAGCAUGAAUAUUUUCUUGCCCAAGGAACUCUUCGACCCGAUUUGAUAGAAAGUGCUUCGUCUCUUGCAAGUGGACACGCGGAUACAAUUAAAACGCAUCACAACGACACGGCUCUUGUCCGAGAACUUCGCAAAACGGGUCGUGUAAUUGAACCAUUAAAGGAUUUCCACAAAGAUGAAGUCAGAGAAUUGGGUAGCAGUCUUGGCCUUCCCGAUCAUAUUGUGCACAGGCAUCCAUUCCCGGGUCCAGGACUUGCGAUUCGAAUAAUUUGUGCAGAUAGACCCUAUCGAUGUGCUGACUUUGAUGAAACCUCUAUAAAACUAAACAUAUUGGCCAAUCUUGGGAGAGAAUAUCAAAGUAACGGCGAAAGAGCAUUCCGUGAUGAUAUUUGUACGUCACUCGAAGGAUGGGAUCUUUCUUUGUUGACAAAUUCACUUGAUGAGAUCCACACUACUCUACUUCCAAUUAAAUCGGUUGGUGUGCAAGGGGAUAGCAGAUCUUACUCAUAUGUGGCAGCACUCUCUUCUUCAGCAAAACCGAUUCCAUGGAUUCUAUUUGAAAAGAUCGCUUCAUUGGUGCCUAAAAUUUUGCAUAAUGUUAACAGGAUUGUUUAUGUUUUUGGAGAUCCAAUUUUAUAUCCAAUUGAGAACAUUACCAAGACUCACCUCACGAGAGAAUCGGUUCAAAAAUUGCAACUGGCUGACCAUUUGGCGACGGAUGCACUGUUUGGACGUGAUGAAAACGGAGAGAAGGACAAAUAUUUGAAUGAUGUCUCGAAAGUGGUUCAACAGAUGCCAGUGGUCAUGCUUCCCGUUCAUUUUGAUCGAGAUCCAUUUACUCAGCCGAAUUCCUAUCAGCAUUCUUUUUGUGUUCGCCCGUUUAUUACAGCCGAUUUCAUGACUGGAGUGGCAGCUCUACCAGGAAGAGAUAUACCAGAAGAGAAUCUUUUUGCAAUGGCAGAACAAAUUAAACGAUUAGUGCCAGGGACUUCUCGUGUGAUGAUCGAUCUGACGAGUAAACCACCGGGUACGACUGAGUGGGAA